CUCCUCCCUCCCUCCAUCCUUUCACAUCCAUCCUCCCAUAAUCCAUAGGUUUUCUUCCGGGAACCUUUUACGCGCUGCAGGAAUGCCUGCAAGUGCGACCAUUGUUUUUGUCCGUGACUGAGGAAGAAUAACAAAAGGGCGUCCAUCAGAGGAGGAAGACAAAAGAGAAGGAGCGGGAACAGGGAGCAGGAGCAGGAGCAGGAGCAGGGCAGCCAGCCGCUGCAGUCAUGGCCGCUAGAGAGAUCACCGUUUUUGGCUUUGCCAGUGUGAACAAGGACAUCACAGACAGCAUCAGGAAGAUCAUCGAGAAAUCAACCAUCAAGUUCAUUUGCGGGAUUAAGCUCGACACCAAGAGUGGUAAAACCGAGGACCGGAUUCUGGUGCUGGCGACCUGGCGUCUCUACUUCCUGGCGCCCAAGAUUCCCGCCAAGGUUGAAACCACGUUUAACUUCUUGGAGAUCCGAGCUUUGAAUUCACACCCAGAUCACCAGGUCAUUAUCGACACCGACAAGUCAACCUGCUGCCUGAGGUUCGAGUCACGUGACCACCUCAACCACGUGGUCAGCCACAUCAAUUAUGCGCUCUCACGGAUUUUCAACAACUCAGUGUUUGCACCUUCCAUCUGUCACUCCGAUAGCGAUCUCUCCGAGGGUAGCAGGAAGUAUUCGCCCAGCUCGGAGACGUCGGUGGAAACUCAGCGGGCCUGCGGAGGAUUUUCAGAAACGUACGCCGCGCUGUGCGACUAUAAUGGCAUCAGCUGCAAGGAGGAAGUGCAGUGGGACGUGGACACCAUCUACCACUCCCAGGACAACCGCGAGUUUAACCUGCUGGACUUUAGCCACCUUGAAAGCAGGGAUCUGGCGGUGAUUGUCGCAUCAGUGGCGUACAACACGUGGUUCACUAAGCUGUACUGCAAAGACCUGCGCUUGGGCUCGGAGGUGACCGAGCAGGUCCUGCACACGGUCAGCAAAUCAUCCAGCCUUGAAGAGAUCACGCUGGAGAAUGUCGGGUUGAAAUCAGACUUCCCGCAGAAGAUGUCGGCCGCUCUCUCGGAGAACCCCGCCGCUGUCAUCCACUCGCUCAACCUGGCCCACAACUCUCUGGACAACCAAGGCGUGGCCAGUCUGAUCCAGCAAAUGUGCCACCUCAGCAAGGGUCUGCGUCUCCUCAACCUCUCCAAGACCUCGCUCACCUCAAAAGGUGUGGUGUCGCUUUCUAUGGCGCUCAACUCCAGUGACGAAUACUCCAACUCGCUUCUGCACCUGGACCUGAGCAAGAACCCCGGCGUCCUGUCCGGGGACGACGCCUCGAGCUUGUAUCUGUUCUUGUCGCAGCCCAACUGCCUGGUGCAUCUGGAUCUGUCGGGCACAGAUUGCUCUGUGGACUCACUAUUCGGGGCUCUACUGAGGGGUUGUUGCGCUGAUCUCUCCUUUCUCAAUCUUUCCAAAAAUUCCUUCUCAAACAGCAGAAAAGGGAAGGACACGCUGCCGUUGUUCCGUCAGUUCUUCAGCUCCGCCUUCAGCCUCACCCACGUCAGCCUGGCCGCCAUGAAACUCCCCCCUGACGUCUUCAGGGCUCUGCUAUUGGGCUUAACCUCCAACCCUCACAUCACUGACCUUCAUCUGGACAUCAGUGGCUGUGAGCUUCGAUGUACCGGCGCUGCCGUCCUGCAGGAGCUCUUCCCCAGAGUCUCUUCCAUCGCCACUCUGGACAUCUCAGACAACGGUUUGGAUGCCGACUUGCUCACGGUUCUGCCCGCCUUCUCCCGACACCACUCGCUGAAACACCUUCAUCUCGGCAAGAACUUCAACAUCAAAAACAGGGUUUUGGAUGAAGUCCUGCAGAAGUUGGUGCAGCUCAUACAAGAAGAGGAAUGUGCCCUGCAGACCUUGUCGCUGACCGACUCGCGCCUCCGUUCCCGGGGUACGGUUUUGGUCAACGCCCUGGGGAGCAACACCUGCCUGAGGAAGGUGGAUCUGAGCGGCAACAACAUGGACGACAUCGGCGCCAAGAUGCUGAGCAAAGCCCUGCAGAUUAACACCACGCUCCGGAGCGUGACAUGGGAUCGCAACAGUACCUCCGCAGCAGGAUUUCUUGACGUGGCCAGAGCACUCGAACAUAAUUUCACCCUGCAGUACAUGCCUCUCCCCCUGAGCGACAUCAGUCAGGCGUACCGUAGCGCCCCCGAGAGGACGGAGCAGGCACUGACCAAGAUCCAGCGAGCUCUGGUGAGGAACAACCAGACUCAGCGGUUCUCCCAGCGUCAGGCUCUCCGGCUGCAUCAAGGCCUCGUCACCAGCACCGCAGAGCAGGUGAUGGAGCGUCUGUGCGCACGCGUUCAGCAGCAGGUGUGCCUGCUACGAGGCGUCGGUGAAGCGGAGGAUAUUCAAGCGGCCAAGCAAGUGCUAAAGGAGGCCAGGAAUUCCCGCGCGCUGUACCCCUCCCUGUGCGAGCUGGCGCACGUGCUCUCUAUGGACGGGCCGGUGCGACAACGUUUGGACUCGCUGGCUGGCGAGCUUGCCAAAGCCGCCGACAAAGAGCUUCAGGUGAUCGUCGAUUCAAUGGUGUCGCUCUGCCGUGAGCUCUGUCCUUUGUCGUCCGCCGCGGCGGAGCGACUGUCCCCGCCGCUCUCGUCCGUCUCGGACCGCGUGUCCGUACCUCGCGCCACCAUUCGCACCGCCCUGAUGGAAAGAGCAGCACAGGACGUCCAGCGAGCCUUAGAAGAAGUCAAGCUGUCCGUGGUGUCCUAUCUCACCAACUCCAUCGUGGACCAAAUCCUGCAGGAACUCUACGCCACCCACAAGACGCUGACCCGGCAGGUGUCUCAUCUGAAACGCUGGGAUGGCUCGUGCGAAGACGGGACUGGCUGGAGGUUCAACAGACACAGAGACUCUCUGGACAUCACUGAGGAGGAGCUCGGCACCAGUAUAGACACAAUAGCCAUUAAGAAGCGCAGCUCAAGAACGAGACGAAUACGACCCGUCUCCACCAGGCUGAGUCUCUGCGACGACUCCAGCUCCUCGCCGCCCCCUUCCAUCCCGUCCUAUUCCACACCUCUGUCCCGCUCAGCCUCCUGGGAGGGCCUGUCUGAGUUGCCCACGCAGGGUCUGCCCCUCCACCACGUGACCAGGGUCCGCCCGAGACCUCCGCGCAGGCACAAAGGAGGAUACCUUCCGGCUGAGACGCAGUGUAGUGAAAAUGGAGGAAUAAGCCCGCUGGAUGAUGGACUGCCAGAUUUCUAUACUAAAAGAGUCCUUCCAGACAGUCAACUCUCCUCUUUGCACAACACGCACUCACUGAGGAGGAAGAAGAGGAGGAACGUGCUCGCCAUCUUCGGUUUCCGCAGAAACCGCAACCAGACCAACCAGGAGUCGGACAUCGACUUUUACGGCGAGCACGCCGUUGCUACGGCACCAUCGGGGGCAGCCACAGAGAACGUGUACACACUCCUCCAGCCCCCAAGGGCCAAAGCAGGGUCUCCCGGAGAUAGACCCGAUGGGAAGAAUACUCUGGUUCUGAGUCUGCCACCACCCAUGCCGGGCAUUCCGUAUUCAGUGAUGGCAGGAAGCAAACACCCCUUUUACUCCCCCACUGAGCGCUCCGAAAAAGAUGCGGGGCCCGGCGAUCAUCCGCCGAUAGAGGCCGACAAGUAUUGGGCGGACGACAAGCAGAGGACCAGCGAGGUUCUGCAGGCCGAGGACAUAUGGCUGGACACCAGGACGGGCGAGCGGCACGUGGAGAGGCGGCGCUCGGACGAGAGGCCGGGGGAGGCGUGGCCCGUCGACAGACACCCGGACAGACAAAUAGACAGACAGUGGACGGCGGAGAGACACACGCAGUGGCAGAUUGAUCGCAAGAUGGAGAGACAGCGGCUGGGCGGCAGGCAGAUAGACCGCUCGUGGUCGGAAGGCAAGCAGACGGACGUGCAGCUGGAUGCCCAGUUGAUGGACAGAAGUGUCUGGAAGCCCGACAGACAUCAUUUCACUCCGAGGCCGUUGCCGCCGUACCCCUCGGACAGGACGCCCUCGCCCAAACAGGAUGUGAGCGCCGAGGUGGACGCACAGGCGGAAAGACGGGUCAGUCCCGAUUCUUGCCCGGAAGGGUGGCGGAGCGGCUACGGCGGGCGAGCGGCCCCCAAACCUGAACCCCCGCCGCAAAGUAGCAAACCCAAUUUGUCCAAACUACGGCAAAGGCAUCGGGUGGAGAGCUCAGACACACUACCUGAAGAAGAUGACGAUGUCCAGAGGGAACCGGCCAAGAAGGACCAGGAAAAAAGAAGAGACCAGGAGACUCAACCUCCGCCGAUUCCCGAAAAGCCAAAGGCGACGUCGUACGUGACUUUCCUGAAAGAGCCGGCUCCGGAGAGGAGCUUGCCCCCUCCACCUUUGCCCCCUCCGUUCGGCAGACAUGCGCACGGGCUGCCCGACAGAGCUGCCAGUCAAGGUGAAGAAGGAUUGCGCCCUCAGGCACCCAUCAAGCCUCAAAGGAACCGGAAAGCCAUGUCAUGCGACGCAGGCACGGACAGGGACAGCCCCAAUAGCAUUGAGAAGCCCCCCAAUCGCAAACCCCCAGAGAAAAAGCCUAGACUGCCCCAAAACAGAAAUAAGUCACUGGACUUGUCCGACAGCUUCAACUCAGCACAUGGUCACAGCGAGCUGGUGUGAUGAUGUCACAGCACACACACACGUGCUCCCCUUAUUUAACAGUGUUUGCUUCUUGAGAAGACCGCCCUCAACUUCUUAUCUGACUUGUGGCUUGUAAAAUCUUCAUUUUUUUUAGUCAUAUUAUCAGAAUGUGAUUUCUACAACUGGAGUGCCCACCGACACAGCCGACUGCCUUGAACAUGACUUGAGGAUUUAUAUCUGAAAGGUGAUAUUAUAUUUUAUAGAGAGAGAGAAAAAUCAAUAUUAUGUAUGAGCACCCCCAAUAAACCAUAAACGCAGUGUAUGAACGAAUGUAUGAAUAAAAAAAUGGAAUGGAUAAACU